AUGCAUUUUCUCUCUUUCUCUCUCUCUCCCCUCUCCUUCUUUCCCCUCUCCUUCUUUCCCCUCUCCUUCUUUCCCCUCUCCUUCUUUCCCCUCUCCUUCUUUCCCCUCUCCUUCUUUCCCCUCUCCUUCUUUUCCCUCUCUUCCUCCCCCUCCUUCUUUUCCCCUCUUCCUUCCCCUCUCUUCCUCCUCCUCUCCUUCUUUUCCCUUCUCUUUGUUUCCCCCUCUCUUUCUCCCACUCUCCUUCUUCCCCCUCUCUUUCUCCCACUCUCCUUCUUCCCCCUCUCUUUCUCUCCUCUCCUCCUUUCCUCCUCUCCUCCUUUCCUCCUCUCUUUCUCCCCUCUCCUCCUUUCCUCCUCUCUUUCUCCCCUCUCCUCCUUUCCUCCUCUCUUUCUCCCCUCUCCUCCUUUCCCCUCUCUCUCCUCUCUUUCCCCUCUCUCUCUUUCCUCACUCUCCUCUUUCCUCUCUCUACCCUCUUCUCUCAUUCUCUCCUUUUUUCAUUCUUAA